CAUAUUUCGACCUACAACGUCUGAAGGUCGGGUUAAGCGGAUAUUCGGAUGCGCUCAUUAAGCUUGGUCGAUCGUGUAUUUUUUAAAGAUAUAUAUACCAGCAACUCACGUAAUCUCUGCUUAUACGAUGUGGACAAUGAUGGGGAUAAUGAAUUGAUAAUUGGCUCUUGGGAUUCUGGACCCUUACUGGAAAAUGGAGAAGCCAAUGCAGCAAAUAGUGAGGGUUCCGUCCAUGUGCUAAAGUAUAGGAAGGUAUGGAAGGCAUCUUAUCAUCUUGGCAUGGUUUCGUGUGUUACGGCAGGUAGUAUAUACAAACCCGAUGAAACAUGGAUCAUAGCUUUGUGCGCUGAUUCACAUUGCUAUGCAUUUGAUGCUUGUGCUCUCGCUCCAGAAUCUGAAAAUAUUUCAAGUAAAUCUAAACAAAAAGUUAACGUUCAUGGUUCUUCAAAGCCUGAUCAAACUAUCAAAGCAGAAAUUGACACAUUAAAAAUGGUUCAUCAUCAAGAAUUAGCCUACAAUGCCAAAGAUGUCUGUAUAUUUAAUGAAGGAGAAAUUGCAGUAGCUCAUUCUGAUCGUGUUGUUCGAUUAUAUUCAUGGUGUUCAUUUAAACCAACUGAUGAUAAAUCUAAAACAUCAUCAAAUAAAGUAUCAAAUUUAGGAGAAUUUAUCCUAUUAAUAAAAUGGGAAUUAGCUGGUCAGGUCAACCGAAUCGAUACAUGCCUAACACAGGAAUAUGGUCUUAUUCUUAUUGCUUCACAGCCAAGUGGAGGAUUUGCACAUUUACAUCGAAAAUUUGAAAAAUAUCACGAUAUAGUUGCACCAACAUUAACCUAUUAUCCUCCACGUGUAACAAGUUCUAAUAAUUUAGAAACACGUACAUGGCUUAUUGGUAAUGUGAAACAUUCAAAUUGUCAUAAUAAUAACAAUACUACUACUACUACUACUACUACUACUAUUAACUCAAAUAAGACAUCAUGUUUACUUUGUUUAUGUACGGCUGAUGGAAAUAUGCGACUUGUCGAUCCAACAAUACAUGGUAAUGAUAAUGAGGAAUUAAUUAUAUGGUCAAUUCAAGUGCAUACACGUAGUGAAUUAUUUGCUUUGUGUAAAAUGAAAUUAACUAAAGAUGAUGGUGAUCAAUUAGUUGUUUGUUCAUGGGAUGGUACUACAUAUAUAUUUGAUAUAAAUAAUAAUUCAUUAUGUUUUCCAUUAGGACGUUCAUGUCAAGCAUUUACAGCUGGUUUAUAUGCUAUAGAACCUGGUCGAAAUUCACCUGUAUUAAUCUAUUCAACAUUUGAUCGUAAUACAUUAAUUUAUUAUAAUUUAUGCUUAAAUAAUAUUGCUGCACAAAGUUUACAUAAUACCAUAUUAAAUGAUCAUAUAUUAGUGAAGAAAUUCCAAUCAAAAAAUGUUGAUCCAUAUGACUCUGCACAAUUAUCCAAAGCACUUCAUUAUAUCUUAUACGAUUUACCUAAACAAGAAACUCAUCCAUUACAAUGAGCUCAUUUGGGAAUAUCCAAAUAUGUUGUGUUUUUUUUUGUUCAAAUGAAAUAACAUAAACUCAGUAUUACUUUGUGAUAUUUCAGUUUAAUAAUUAAAUUACCUUCAAUUUAUUCAACUGAAACAAGCAUGUUUAUGUAUUGUAUUGACUUUCUACAAUAUGUAUGAUGAUGAGUUCUUUUCUAAAAAAAACAAAAUUGAUUCAAGCUUCUUUAUAUACAAUGAAAUUUCUUGAAUGAUUUAUCAUUCUAAAUGAAAACCUGUUUACAAACAGUGACCACUUCAUCAGUAUUAAUUCAUGAAUUACAAUGCUGUUAAAGGUACGAGGGCGGUUAU